GGGGGGGGGCUCCCCACCACUUUGGCAACCAUUGUUUUUGGUUCUAUCCAGAAUAUAAGCUUGGCUGGAUCACGGACAAUUUGUUCCAGAGACAGCCCCCCUCACCCAUUCAAUGCUGGGGUAUUCAGAUGUUAUUUUCCCUUUUUUUCCUGAAAUAAAAUGGUGUCCUGUGACUUUCGACUCACCCUGUAUAAGUAUUUGAAAGCAACAGUACGAUUCGCCACUAACAUUUGCCUGUAUGCUCUAGCACUUUAAAACUAAAAAUAUAUUAAGGACAAAAGCAAUUCAGACACUGAGUAUAGAAAAUGUUGCUCCACAACAACAUUUCAGAUUCUGAUAUAUUGUCAGAACUAAUACAAAACUUCAUAAGGUUUCUGCUUUGUGCCUAUUUUAUUUCCUUUUUUUAUCAUUUUAGCAACAAGUUACAGACUCUUCUUUUCAGGCACCAAAAACAUGGAUAACAUUCUCGACAUAUUUAUGAAAGCACAGCUGCAGGAGAGAACAUUUAUUUUGUAAAACAAUGAGCAGUUUAGAAAAAUAUCCCACUUACCCUGAGCGUUUGUUAAAAGGGAGUUUCCAACCUUAUCUGUCUUUGUGUUUUUUUGCCUGAACGACGUAACUUUGUUUCUCCUCUAAGUUUGUUACCAAACAGGACUGGCUGGUUUUACAUGUGGGAUCCUCUCUCUGGCAGGGCAAACAGUGAUGUCUGAAUACGGAAGUAAAAUCAUGCAAAGCGUUUAGUUAAAAGUAGAACAUGCAAACAAGUAGCACGUGAAUAUUUUUACAAUGAACUGAAAAAUGAACAAUAAUUUGCAGAGAGAAAAGCAAUGGUAGACCAUUUGUGCUGCUAAUUCUUAAGCAGUUCAAACUUCCAAUUCUAUGCAAGCCUCAUGUGAGAUAAGGACUCGGAGCAGAGGCAUUCACGGAAGUGCAACCUGUGUAAUCGUACCUGUGUUUCCUGUUAUGCAACACAGUCUGUGCUCUACACUUCUCUGAAAGGAAUGCCACACCAUACGCAGAAGAAACCGAAGGUCAGUCAGAAGUCCUGUUUAAUUUGUUGCUGAAAAUGUUUGUUUGAUAAAGGAGAAGUCUCGUGUCAAUCCGUCGAGAUUUGUUAUAGCUAGUUUUUCAGGCAUGUGCAUGCAAGUCCAUGUUUAAAAAUCAAAGUCAGUGAUUAUUUGAUGAUUUCUCCUGUCAGAAAUGGAGUUUAGGUUCCAGUCAGUCAGACUCCUGAGAGACUGGGUCGUUCUUUGUGCGUUCUUGUUGGUAGUGCUCCUGUUUCUGAGACACUGGUGGCUUCAGAGACCUGCAGAGGCAGAGGAACCCAAGACUCUCCUGCCUCUGGACAUGGCCACAGAUUCCGUUGAUGACAUGUACGCCGGCUGCAGGUCUGAAAGCGUCUCCAUGAUCGAACUGUUCGGCGUGUUCGAGUGGCACGCCAAUAAACCCUUCAGUAUUGCGUGGAGUUUAGUUGAGAAAGCUGCGAAGAAGCCCGUGCACAAGCACCUGAGGGACGAUCAUUCCACAGCCGUGUACCUGUUCACAAGUUACGGACCCAUCCGACAGAACUUCAGCAGAGCGUUAAAAACAGGCAAACACGAAUACAGCACGAACAAAUUUACGUUCCACUAUUUCUACUUCUAUUUGACGGAAACCAUCCAAGUUCUGAAUAACAACCAGACGCCCUGCAGGACCGUGUACCACAGGACGUGGCAAUAUUUUGACCGGAACGUCAUGAACGCAUUCGUGCGUUUCGGUGCUUUAACCUGGGCAGUUUCAAGCAAGCAGUCGUUUGAGUUGGACGGCAACGUCUCCUGCUUUGAGAUCUACACGUGCUUCGGUGCCGACAUCACACACUACUCCAGCAGGGACCAAGAGGGGCAGGUGCUCAUUCCUACCUACGAGGUUUUCAAAGUGACACGUGUUCUGACGGAUGAGUCGUGGUGCAACAUGGUCUACAAUCUGCAGAGCACCAAAAUACCAAAAACUGAUCAGAACUGCAAACUGUUUCAGAGUCUCCGAACUUUUUUUGAUCCCAGUAUGAAACACGUAGACGGAGGCAACGUUGUUGCUGUGUCAGCAUGUUUGUUACUGAUAAUAAUGAUUUCUUUAAUUCUUAUAAAACAUAACCAGAAGUGUUAUGUAGCUGUUGUGCUGGGGUGGUUGCUGGUGAUAAUAACUGUUGCAUUAUUGUUGGGUUAGUCUAUAAGGCCCUGUACCCCGCCCCUUGAACUGUGACUGCUGGAUAUGGGCACCUGUGACCCUGAAGGAAUAAGUGGGUAAAGACAAUGGAUGGAUGGAUAGUCUAUAUGGUAAAGUUUUCUGAUGGAGAGACAUUAAAUACCUUUUUUGUCUAUCUUUUUGCUUUUGUAUUGUGUAACAUCUAAAGCACAAUCAUAUGAACACUAUGUUCUUUUUUCCCUCCUAAACGUGUCAGUCCUUGAGUCGUUUUUCUUACUGAUUGCGCGGAAAUGUAAAAUUUCUUGUUUUUUUUUUUAUAGAUUUAUAAGUUUGUCAGAAUGUUGUCUGCAAAAGGGUUCAGAAACAGAACUGUCCUGUAACCAGCCAUACUUUGAAGCUGUCAGAAAGUCUUUAUAUUCAGGUAUUAUUUGGUUUGUUAGAGGUGCAAUAUUUUUUUAUUAUUUAUUUUAUUUAUUGCUUGACAGAAAACAAACUCAGUUACAAUGGACUGACAGUGGGAGCUCAGAUCGAUGACAUAUUUAGUUUUAGUGCAUCAGAAAAAAACAUGAAAACCCAUUAAACUCAACAGCUGAAGUUUUUAAACUUUCAAGAAUUAAAAAAGCACUGUAGCUGCAGCACGGAGCCAGUCCAAUAAUAUUAGAUUUAAAAAAAUGCGUGGCCACGACAUCAUUAUAUAAAUCAUUUCCAUGAUUGUGAACAUGGGCAAGUUAGAAAUAAUUUAAUUUAAAUUAAACUCCGGAAUGAAUAAGUCAAAGUUACGUCACGUUCAGGAACACAGUAAAAAACAUCUGUUACCCAACACACACUUAGGUGGUUCAGUGUCACCUCGUAAAUACUAGAAGGCUACUAUGAAAAUGAACCAUUUAGAUUGAACCAUGGAAGUAUGCUGUUUGGAUUAAACAUACGCCAAAAAAUAAAUAAAAUAAUAAGUGUGCAGUACAUUUGAACAGUCAAACGAAAACCUUGUAUUCAUAUAUAAUCUGUCUCCAUGUCUUUGUAUCUCUCACAAUGAGACACUGCUCAAAAUUAUCUCAUGUCUCAUGGCCGCACAUUAUUAUUGUUAUUAUUUUAUCCAAUUUCACCAGAUGUUACGUAACAGCAGUGUAAUGAGUAGAGUAAUUCAUUUUAGAAAGAUGCUUAUCUGUAUGCUUUAAAACUUAAAUACGAAAUGCAGAGUUUUAUUUUUUUUUGGUUACUGCAAAAUAACAUUGAAAUUCUGAUGUUAUGUGUUGUCUGUCUUUUUCCUUGACUUAAAUAUCUAACAAAUUCAUUAAAGUCACUAUAUCAAUU